AUGUUGCACAGGAAGCUGCCCCAUGCCCUUGCCUUCUUUUCCCUUCCUCAGGAGAGAGAGUAUGGGCAUGAGUGUGAUCCCUCAAUGCUGAGCACCAAUGCCUAUCCCACAUUCACGUUCAGGAAGACUUUCAUGACAUCUGUCCUGGUGCCGAGGUCUGCCACGCUCCUUGACUCAGCUCGAUGCUCUGAAGUCGUGCUGCCCCUCCGAGCAGAGCCGUGCUGCCCCUCCGAGCAGAGCCGUGCUGCCCCGGGCUCAGGGAUGCUCCAGGUGCCUCGGUGCAGGGACGGUGCCUCUCACCCUCAAUUGCUGCUAGCAUCUUUGGAGGUUCUCCAGGUCCCAUGGAAGAAAUAUCCAGUAGUGAACUUGGCCCUAGCAUGGACUUCAGACAACGUUAUACGUGCCCAGUGGAUUUUGGGGGAGCUUUGCAGCCCCAACACGGGGCUUUUGAAAUGGAUACAUAAGGACAAAGAAUCUGGCCGAGUGCAAAGCGCUAUAGAAAUGCAUUUGCGUUUCCAUCGCUGCAGGUUUUGGGCUCCUUGGAAAGCACUGCCUGUGAAGUGGUACCAGAUACCAGAAAGGGUGACUUUCCACUGAGGAGAGCACCCCACACUCCCUGGGUAUCCUCAAGCUGUUUCCCUCAACAUUUCCCUGUUCCCUUCCAGUCUGUGACAAGCUGAUGUUCGAUGACCGCCUCAGGAAAAGCCUCCUGGCAUUAAGACCCCAGUGAAAAGGGGAAGAGAAGGUUAUGGAAAUUCACACUAUCAGGGCCCUUUCCCCACUCCUCUCAACAGUGCCCUGACCACGUGGGGAGCAUUCCCUCUUCGUGGGUCACAGCCCUUAAAAAUAGCAAGAGGUUCUGCUUCCCUCUUUCCUGUCCUGCCUUCGUGAGGACAGCUGACUAAUGAGUGCUCUGGUUGAAGCCCCCCAUCAGGCUGAUGUCCUGAGCAGGCUUGCUCCUGCAGGGAAUGCAUGAUGGAAUGGGUUUCCUGGUCAGGGCAGCCUCCAUGCGCCUCGGGGAUGCUCAGGCUUUCCUGGUUUCCAGGCCCUUCUCCCCACCAUGUGCGGUUCCAGCCACAGGUAUCAAAGAAGCAGAGAGACCAGACCAGCCUCCUGGGGAGAGGGGAGAUUGCAGUCGUAUCAUUGCAAACAGGACUUCAUUAAUUAUAAAUGGACAGGUCCCCCUGAGCUGCUGUAGCUCUGCAUGAGUCACAUUCUAGCUGAGGGUUUUUUCCUCCCGAAGAGUUGCUGAAGGGGCUUGAAAUAGUGUGAUGGAUAAAUAAGGAACCAGCUGUGCUCUGCAACCAGCCCCACCAGAGCCUUUCUGCAGCAGUAGCCCACAGCAACCUCCUCUCUGCCUCAAUCUGCACUCCCAUCCCUCGGGUUCUGCCAUCUGGUCCUGCUCGCCAGGUUUCUUCUUCCUAGCGGCAUGUUUUUGUCUCCUGUUGUAACCUCUUUUCCAGCGUGUGGUCUCAGCCCUUGGUAAUGCACGGACAUAUGUUUAGACAACAGCACGACCAAGGAGUCCAGUUGGCUGGUCUGUGCCUCCCUCCUCCAUCUCAGAGAUGGUCCUGGUUAAAUGAAAGCAGAAGGAACAAUAAAACCAGCAAACCUUGGCUUUUCACUAGGAGCUGCUGGACAGUUUCUCUUCUGUUUUCUGACAACAAACCGUCGCUUACACGGCUCUCGGCUGCUGGCAGCCUCCUCACAGGGAGAGGCCGAGAUGUACCCCAAGGCUCUGAGGGACGCACCAAGAGUGGGUGGAGGUAGCUGGAGGGCCAGGCUGUGUGUCUGGCUGGAAUGGCUCGUCUGUCCAGUGGGAACAUCUCCUUCCCUGGGUGCUGUAAGCAUGAGUGUGAUGAGCUGUGUGUAUCUUAUGGCAAAGGCGAGGGGUGGGAAUGCUGUCCAUGGAAGAUUUGCUGGCUGUGUUCACAAAUUCAGAAGCUGCUUUUCCUGCCUCUCUGAUGCCCAUGGUUACAGAAGUCCGCUCCAGAGGUCUCUCUGUACUGCUGCCUCUAAGUUGUUUCUCCAUCCAGCUCCCCAGGGCUGCCGUGUCCUCCCUCCUAGCGUGAGAUGGCUCUUUUCAGAGAAGCUGUGAUUUGUACCUCUAAAAGGCUGGCUCCACACCCUGAUUUUUAAGCCCAUGGGGCUGGUCAACCUUCCCCUGCCCUUCAGGCCUGAGCGGGGGGAGCUCUCCUUCUUCCUCUGCGGGAGCUGCAGGCAGCUCCUGAAUCCGUGGAAUGUGUCCCAUCUGCAGCGCGUUAGGGGUCUGCUCACAGUGGAGGAAGAAGCACAUGUGGGGUUGUGAACCGUUCUGAAGAGGAAGAAAAGGGGCUAAUUAAUCUAAGGGAUACAGUGCCAGGAGCCACAUCUGGGGGCCAACUGGCCCUGGAAGCAUGGCUCCCAGGUGCUACCCCCCCAAGGGCGUCAUGUAGAGCUGGUGUGGACCCAAUGGGUAAGGGAAUGAGAGUGUGAGGGGUCCUGGCGCAGAGGGAUCCGCAUCAGCGCACUCCUGAAGAGCCCCUUCUCCCUAUCCUUUGAGAGGGCUCAAGGAGAUGUGACUCAUGCUCAUGUCUCCAGGCACAGCCCACCUUGACCCCUCUGCCUCUGGCCCUGUGGCUUCAACCCUCAGCUGCCCAAGCACCCCUCCUUCCCUGCUGUAGCAGUGGCGGGCAAGAAGGACCAUGCCAACAGCACAGUCCUCCC